CAGGUAAAGAGUGACAUCAAGGAGCGAGUGAGAGACGAUCCAGACUACAACGCCCAGAGAUUCCCCAACACACACCGAGCUUUCUCUUUAGAGGACUCCUAAUCAUCCGUAACCCUGUUCCACAUCCAGAACUGAAUCUGUACACACUACUAGCAGCAUGGUUUAUGUAGUGUUUUAACAUCCCAUUGUAAAUGCGGCCUGAAAGGACGAAUGCUUCUGACUUCACUGAAUGAUUCCUCGUUAGAGUGUGACACCACCUGCUGGUCAGAAUGGAAACAACCUGCAAACUGUGGACCCUCUGUGGCACAUGGUUUCUGGAACUGAGUCACCUCAUGCUAAAACAUUCCGUCCACUCUCAGACACCUCUAAAACUAGUGAUGUGAUCAGUUUGUGAGGAGUCUGAGUACUAAACAUUGAAUAUAAGACAAGAUCCUACAACAGCAGGAGAGGACUGGGCAACAGGAAUCUGGUUUCAUCUUAGAACUGAUCCUCUCCUGCAGGUCUGAAGCAGUCUGAGAAUCACAGCUCGAGAUAGCAGGUAGCAAUGAAGGGCCACUGUUCGAAAAAAACAAUAAACAAUUAAGUUUUCUCAAUUAAGAGAACAUUUUUAAAGCUGCAGUAGGUAACUUUAUAAAAAAAUUAAUAUCAUAUGUCAUAUUUCUUGAAACAGGAUAUAGUGAAAGUUUCAGCAAAUGUGACAAAAAUGACCUACUGCAGCUUUAAAUAUAGCUUUAAGAAAAAAGUAAUGCAAUGAGAAUAAAAUUUAAAUGUUGCAAAGAAAAAAACAAUAUUAUGAAAAUAAUGUUAGGACAAAUAGUUACAAGACAAAAGUUGUAAUACCAUAACACUUCAAUAAUAGCCCAGGUUUUUAUUUGCUUCAAUGACUGAACUCAGCCUGCCUUAAUCUGGGACAGGCCUUUAAUUCCACAAAACUCUUUCACAGCAAAGAUGGCAAAUACUAUCAGAUUGUUCAUUUAAACCAGUAUGAAUAUUACUUGUAUAAAAAUGAAGUUAUCAUAUAACUAACAAUAUCGCUGCGUCUAAUUGGGACCGUUCUUUUAAUUGAUGUAUUAUGUUAUUAUAAGGAUAUUGUAAUGAAGAAAAAAAGUUGUUUUUAAGAAAAAGAAAAUUUGCAAUGAUUGUAAGAAAAGUCAUGAUGUUGCACAAAAAAAGUGAUAUUAAAAUUAAGUUAUAAUGUUGUGCAGUCAAAAGUUGAACUAUAAGAAAAGUUUGAAUAUUAUUAGAAUAAAGUUAUAAUGUUGCAAAGAGAAAAAAGUUGUGAUAUUAUGAGAAUAACUAAGUGCUAAAGAAGAAAUUAAUGAGAUAACUUUAACAUUUUAAGAGAAAAGGUCACAACUCAUAAUAUUCUGAAAAUAUUUGUCUUAAUAAACAGUGACACUGCACAGACUGACACCGUCAAAACUGAAGUUACGUGGACGAUAUGAAAAGUACAUGUCAGGAUUAUCCUGACCAAAAUAAUUGCGAUUCACAAUAGUAUCGCGAUAAUUAUUAAAAUAUGUUUGAAACUCAUGAUAUGGCACUAAAACAUACUGGAAUCAGUUUACCUUACAUUUAGUUAAGAAACACAUAUAUUUAUUGCAUAACAGACAGCAGCCUGAUCUCUUUAACAAUCAAUGUUAGCAAAAUGUGUCAAUAAAAAUGAUAUACAUAAAAAAAAAUACAUUGGUGAUUACAUCAGUGAGCUAGACAGCUUUUUCUAGUCACUCGUGAGGGUAUUCACGAUUACCCUGUUAAUAGAAAGUCACUACAGUAUACCAAUUAUCUAUAUCUGUUUUUUAUCCCAAUAUGCAAUAAAACUGUACAUCAUCCCAUCCCUGGCUAUACAAACGUAUAUGGACUGUCAGAAAAUGCUGGCAUAUACAAUGCCAUGUGCCCAAUUAAAUUUGGCGUUCUCUGCAGCCAUUUUCUUGAAGUGCUACAACUAUUUCUCAUGUUUUCUCUUUUUCUUGUAAAAAACAUUUCAAGAUUUCUUUUCCUAAAUAUUUAAACUUUGUCCUUAAAAUGUCACAUUUGUUUCCUAACAGUGGUCCUCAGUCAGUCACACUGAGCUUUUCUCUCCUAUGUUGCAAGUGUAGUUGCAUUAUGUAUAUGUGUAUAAGGCAAAACUGUAAAUGAGUGAAGACUGUACAUAGUAAAUGGGCAGUGAUGUCGUAGAGCUUUUGUCAGUGUCAAUCAGGUAACUGGUGUUGCUUGCUAUGGCAUCAGAUUUUUAUUUUUUAGCAUCAUGACAAUGACACACAGAUGAUUAGCUCAUGUUUGUAUUUUAGGGCAUUAUCAUUGACACUGGUGUUAAACAGUAAUAAUAAUAAUCUGUCACAGCCCAGUUUCUCAGAAGCACAGCUGCAGUCAGAGGUUUGUCAAACUGUGAAUGGUUAGUAUGUGCUCGUUAACAUCACUGAAAUAAAUGAACUUAACAGUG